CUGCACAACAACAAUUCCUUCCCUCUUUCAUACGCCGUUCAUUUUUGCUCCUCGCGUGUUGCACCCGGUGUGGUUUAGCAUUGUUUUCUUUGCAUCCCGCGUCAUUCUUCCUUCCCUUGCCGCCAAGACGCGUUUCUCCAGUCGCGAUGACCGCCGUACCGCCAGCCAUGCGUCUCGCAGAUGCGAAGAACGGCUGCGCGAACUCGCCUCUCCCUUCGCCUACAAAGUCUCCAAGACGCGUGCUAGGCGAAUUGACGCCAAAUACCAAAAUAACGCCAAAACCCCUCCUGCCUGGCGCGAAAUCACCGGUCAAAACAACACCAGUCAACAGUCCGUUUAAAGCUCCAGAAGUCCUUUCUGAGUCCUCUAUACUCCUCACCAGCGACCAAAGCGAUGUUUCGUCUUCCGGAAUUUCGAAAAAGAGGCCGUUCUCAGCCAUUUCGUCCCCGGAGAAGCGAGACGCGACGAGGAAGCGUCAACAGGAUAUGCCACCCCAGACAGUCUCACCUGCUGCCCUGGGAUCUCCGCUUCCUCCUCCAACUCCCGCCAUCGAGCUUCCAGAGCAGCGGCCAUCGGUAGAGAAGGAUGAAGUGGUUGAGACGUCAAGUGAACACGACGACGCUCAUAUUGAGCUUCCAACAGCUGCACAGAGGACGAACGGCUCGUUUUCCUCUCUCAUUGACUACAAUCCCGACAACGCGUCGGACAGAUCAGACCCAGCCACGGUGUCUUCGCCUCCGCUUAGGCCGACAUCAAUACCUGUGACUUCGCGUGUCGAAUUGCUCAAGCUAAGAUUGAAGAUGGCGAUGUACAAGAUUAACACGAACCAAACGUUUGUGCCAUUUUCCAAAUUGGAGCCGCCUCACACACGAACCCCUAUCGAAGCCGCAGAAGAGACAGAAGACCUGGAGGAGGAUGCAGAAUAUGCGUCUUCAGUCCAGACCGUACGUACGCGUGGAGAGUCCAAUUCUGGAUCGGAUGGAGAGUUACAAACUGCAAAAAUGACAUCAGACAAUAUUGUUAUCACAGGAGGCCCCGUCGCGAAACUGUUGGACGGACCUGUCCUCGUCCCAACCGCGUUUUCGACGCGCUUUCUCGUAGCGUCCGAGUCACCCGCGUCUCCAACUCGGAGGACGAUAGAAAGGAGCAUCGAUCAGCAAAGGACGCCUGCUACGAGUCCAAGCAGAAAGUAUGUGGGAGAGGAGUCCGAGCUAACGAGCAGUGUGGUCAAGGGUCAUGCGGCGAGCGGAUUGCUUGAACUUGCGCAGUCAAGGUGAAUGCAUUGAAAAGUAUAUAGAGCAAGGGUGGGCAUGGUACUAGCAUAUUUGGUACGAUUCGACGUUUGUAGAAGCUCUUUGCGGUCUUCGAUCGUCUUGCUGGUCAGUGUUGGCUUAUGUGUUUUGGACGAGAUACCAGCAUCCUGGACUUCAUCGGCAAUAGACUCUAGUCAACGAUAUGUUUAUUGUAAAUAGUCGGCAUCUUGCCUCAGCGUAAUCUCAAAUCGCCACUAUUUGUGGCGUCGAAACAAAAUA